AUGCCCAACAAAAACAAUUGUAUAGGAGGCCUAUCCCGGUUGUAUACCGGGAUCAAACAGGCUCUUGAAGUGGAACCGAAUUCUCUGCUGCUAAAUGGCGGAGACACUUUCCAGGGAACGGUCUGGUACAACUUUAUGAGGUGGAAUGUUUCGCAGCAUUUCAUGAACUUACUUCCAAAGCAUGACGCUCAUGUACUAGGAAACCAUGAGUUCAGUCAUGGUAUUAAAGGGCUUCUGCCGUAUCUGGAACGGUUACGAGCGCCGAUGCUGGGUGCAAACGUUAAUACCACAUUUGAACCAGAAUUAGGCAAACAUAUAAAAAACCAUGUGAUCGUCGAACGUAAUGGGCACAAAAUAGGUGAUAUUACAUUGUACUUUGACACGGAAGGAAAAAUUACAUCUUGGAAUGGUCGACCCAUUUAUCUUGGCACUUCUAUUGUUAAGGAUGAACAAAUGGAGAGCCUUUUGAAUGAAUGGCGUGCUGAGCUAUAUCCGAUAAGCAGAGAAGUGUUGGGUCGUUCACUAGUGCAAUUAGAUCCAGGUUCAUGUUACAGCGGAGAAUGCAACCUGGGUAGCUGGAUUUGUGACGCUUUUCUUGAACAAAUGAUGGCUAGAGCAAACAACACUAAUUGGAACCAUGCACACCUCUGCUUACUUACCGUGGGUGGUUUAAGAUCGCAGAUUAAUGCAGGAGAUAUAACUACGGAAGGCUUGUUGAUGGCGCUACCUUUUGAAAAUCAAUUAGUGGCUUAUGACUUAAAAGGGAAGUACAUUUUGGAGGCGUUGGAGUACUCUGUUGGAGGUGUUCUAUCAAACCCAAGAUAUUUCGUUAGCAGGAGAAUGCUUCAGAUUGGAGGAAUGCGUAAUGUAUACAAUGCGUCAGCUCCCAUUGGGUCACGGGUUGCUUCAACUAGAGUACGGUGUAUCGACUGCGAUAUUCCACAUUAUGUACCUCUGAAUCCUGAAUCUAUGUACAGGAUCAUUUCUCAAAACUUUUUGGGGAACGGCGGUAGCGGUUUUACGAUGAUAUCCGAAAACAGGGAAAAUAUAGAAUUUUUCGGAGAGGACUUUAUCUUUCUUCAGAGACAUAUGAGAAAGACCACAAUAUUCUACCAAGAACUAGAUGGGCGUAUUCAAAUAGUUUACUAG